AUGGUAGAAUAUGAGAUGAGAAAAGACAAAGAGGUGGUGGAAACUAGUGGAGAAUUGGUGGACAAAACGGCGAAAGAAGCAGAGGUACUUCAGAAAGUGGCCCUUAUUCCUAGACCUCCACCACCAUUCCCUCAGAGAUUGGUGAAGAAUACUGAGGAUGGUAAAUACUGGUGUUCUAUCACCAUGUUGAAACAACUUUCCAUCAAUGUCCGAUUGAUAGAAGCUCUGGAACAAAUGCUCGGUUAUGCUAAAUUUAUGAAGGAUAUGGUUACAAAGAAGAGAUCGAAAAAGGAAGAUCUGGGCUCUUUCGAUAUUCCAUGUACCAUCAGAUUAUUACAUUUUGCUAAAGCACUAUGUGAUCUAGGUGCUAGCAUAAACCUCAUGCCACUUUCCAUUUAUAAGAAAUUGAGUUUGUUUGACCAAAAGCCUAAUGCAAUGUGGUUACUGAUGGCCUAUCGAACAGUGAAGAAUCCCAUUGGGAUACUCCAUGAUGUGCUCGUGAAAGUGGACUCAUUUAUAUUUCCGGCAGAUUUUGUGAUUCUUGAUUGUGAGGUAGACUUUGAGGUUCAUAUUAUUCUUGGGAGGCCGUUCCUUGCCACUGGUCGUGCCUUGGUUGAUAUAGAGAAAGAGCGGUGA